AUGAAGCUUCCUCUCUUCUAUGUGGCUUUGCAGACGUUGUGUUGGACUUCAAAGGCGGCGUAAGGAUCAAUUCAUCAGGAAAUAUCCGUAUUUUAGCGUGAUUUCAGUCAGAGAGACCGAAAGUUUUGACAACCUUUUUGGAGAUUACGACACGUAUGAACUGGCGCAGUACACGUUUGUCCCAGAGGAGUUUUGCGAUAAGGCUACGUAAGUCGUUACAUCCAGACUAUUGGUUAGCAUAUUCAAAAACGUGUUGGGAUUACUGUAGCGUCAAAAAAGAUCAGAUUUUUUUACGACUUGGGGUCCGAAAAAGUGAUUUUUCUCAGACCCCCUUAGGGCAAAUCAUAUAAAAUUUAGUCAAAAAAUUGAUGAGGUACCUUGCUAUGGUAUCGUGGUAUUUUUCGUCUUUCGGAUUACUGUAACAGUAUCAAAACUUUAUAAACUUUUUUUUUCAAUAUUUGAGAUUUUGGGCUCCAAAAAAUCUGGAUUUUCUCAAACGCCCGUAGGGCAAAUGACUCAAAAUUUUAGUCCAUAGCUUGUGACAGCUUUUAGAACUACGUACAAAAAUUUUACGCGUCUAGGAUUACUCUAACAUACCAAAUUUGGAGUUUCUUUGAAGCUAUGCCGUCAAAUUUCCAAAAAUUUCUUUUUGUUUUUAUUCCUGAAAUCAACGUAUUUUUGAAGUAUUUUGAAGUAAAAAUUGAAACUAUGUGAGAUUUACAGUCUAGUAGUAUAGAUUUUACCUCCUGAUGAAUUUAUUCUACCUUGUAGGAUCACAUUAUAUUACUCCUCCUGUGAAGUGUUCGCUUUGGAAUUUGAUGGGAUAAAACAAAAAAAGUAAGUAGCCUACCUACUAAAUUAGAAUCCACAUACCAUAACUAUGCUAUUAUAAGUAACUUCUGUCAAUUUCAGACCCAAACACAGCGGUAAUGACUCAAUUUCGCACUUUUAUGACAUCAAAGCCCACUCCGCCGAGAAUGUGGCCCAUUUCAAAAACAAAACUCAGCUGACAGUCCUGGUAAAGGACUCGGGAGAAGUCGUGGCCAAUGGCCAGAGUGUGGCGAACGUCUCCUGUCCCAUGCUGGUGAAUAGCCACGAGAAUUUCGAUCGAAUUUCGGUGAGGUUCGAGAAGAACAAUGUCUGCCCAUUUCGAAUUUUUGUGGACCCGUUUUUCCCCAUCCGUGGCAUCUUUUACGUGAAACGAAUUGAGAAUUUCGGGCAUAAUGAAACGGAAAAAAAUGUGGAGUUGGCGUCCAGAUCGAAUUGGAAAUUUUAUUUGCUCAGUUUGGGAGCAAUUCUUUGGUAAGCCCAAAAAAAUAAAUAAAUUUUUUUAAGUCAGGGGGUUUAAUAGUAUGUUCUGCAAUUUGUUGCUUUUUGCACUGUGCAAUAGGCCUUUUUGGGCUGUCGCUCGCACCCUGACUUUUCUGCACAGUGCAAACGCCAAAAAUGAAUUCAGCGACUUUACAACGGGCUAGUAUGUAAUGAAACUUGGCAAAAAUUUGGAUUAAAGUUUCCUGUGACAUAUGCGAGGUUUUUAUAGCUCCAGCUUGACAAAAAUCAUCGAGAUUUUGGGCGAAGAAUUUGUAAAAUCAAAAUUUUUUCAUUCAUUAAAACUUGGAAAAAAUUAAGAUUAGGGUUUUCUUAGACGUGUCUGAGACUUUAACCUUGCAUUUUCCAGAAAUCGUUAGGAUUUUUAGGUCGAAAAACUUUCUACAAAAACUGAAUUUUUUCCACCUAAAGAUCAAAAAGAUAUAUCCGAAAAACAAAUUUUCUCUGCCGUCUCCUCAUUUUCUACAGUUUUCUUUCCAAAAAAAAUUUUUUUUGAGAGACUAUGAAAAAUGAGGAGAGACAGUCUGAGAAAAAAUGUGUUUUCGGCUAUAUCUUUUUGAUUUUCAGGUGGAAAAAAUUUAGUUUUUGUAGAAACUUUUUACUUCAAACUUGGAACAGAAUGCCAAUUUUUUAUAAUAGAAAAUCGCAAAAAAAUUUUUCGAAUUUCAAAUUUUUCGACCGAAAAAUCCCGAUUGUUUCUGGAAACUGCAGGUUAAAAAUCUCAGAUGUGUCUUAGAAAUCUCUAAUCUAAAUUUUUUUCCAAGCUUCAUUAAAAUCCGAGGCUUGAAAUUUGACAAAUUUUUUUCAGGGGUAUUACCGUUGGACUCGUAAUUUUCACCAUAUUUUACUUCGUUUUGCCCGUUCAGAAGAAACACAAAGCCCCAAAAAGCAAAAUUGAAAGCAAAUCGGAGGAAAACUCGAAUCGGGAAAGCAAAGAAUUGGCCAAAACGAGCAAGAAUGAGCCUGAAAUGAACACUCUGACCAGAAGAAGAGGCGAUCUAACGACCUUUGCCAGCACUGCCAACUACCCAUCCACCUCCAAAUAA